AUGUAAGAGAUAAUGGCUGAAGUGAAUGGCCGUUAUAAUUUAAGUAACAUUUUGGAUGUGCUAGACAAAUUGAGGAGUAAUAAUUUAUUACUAAAAUAAGGAGCAAAAAGAAUUGACAUUGAUAUGUAUGACAAGGUUUAUAAACAAAUCAUAACAGAAUCGCGAAAUGAUGGAGACAAAUGGUACUAAAGAUACAUCCCAUUGAAACCGAAAUAACUUAAAGAGUUAAACAGCCUAAAUUUCUCAUUCGAUGUAAAAACCUCCUGUGAUGAAAACAACCCAAAUCAAACUAAUAGGAUCUAACCCAGCAGAUUGGACAAAGUCUAAAAAUUUACUAGUCCCACUACAUUUGCAUCUCCGCCAACCUUUGAAACCAGAGCAUCAAGGUUAACCGAUUUUUAAUCUGAUUACCAAAAAGAAUUAACCAAUCAGAUUUUGCAACAAAUUUCUGACGGAAAGAGACGUUCAGCUUAAAGUGAUUAUAUAAAAUCAGAAAAGUAACAUAGAACAAAUAGGACUAUCUCUUCCUUCAAUAUUAACUCAUUGCAAUAACUUAUAUCCGUAGUACAGAGGAAAAUUAUGCAGCAUUAUAGACUUGCCUUUAAUAAAAUUAUAUUUCUUUACAAUGAACCUGUCAAAUUGUUGUAAGAUGUUGAAAUUUAAGCGGAACCAUCCAAAGUUGCUAAAUUCAGUUUGAAAGAUUCUUUCCAAAUUGAAAAAGAUAUCCAACUGUUUCAACAAAAUCAAAUACUUAAAAUAUUAUUCCAUCAUUUUGACAAUUUAAAACAAAAUUGGUUGAGGAAAAAGAGAAUUAAGAAUUCCAGAAAUCAAGUGUUACUCAUGAGAAAACACAACUAUCUCUGGAGAGCUUUUAAUAAGAUGAGAAAAUAUUCAAUUAAACAUAAAUAAAAUAGAUUAAAAAAGGUUUAAUCAGAUCACUUUUAUAGUCUCAAUUAAUUAAGAGUUUAUUUUGAAAAAUGGAUCAAUUUUCAUUUUGCAAAAUAAAAUAAAAAUUCAAAAAAUAAAAUCAGUUUUGGUUUGAUUCAACUCAAAAAUUAAGAAACAUUGAAAACUUGCUUUAUGAAAUUUAAAUUAUACUAUCAACAUCGCAGGGAUAAACACUAAAAUAACUUGUUAGCUUAUGGUUUAUAUUAACAAAAAUUAUAAAAACUGUAUUUCACUUUAUGGAAUAACCUAGUGAUGAAUCAAUAAAAACGAGAAACUAAUUAAUUUGUUAUGAAAAAGUGUUUUAAAAAAUGGAAUUAAUACCUCCGACUGAAGGAUUUUAAUAGAAAACAAAAAUAAACAGCUGAUAAUCUAUUAAUUUAUUAGAACAAAAGGAAAAUUCUGAGAAUACUAAGAUGUUUUCACACCGUAAUCCAGAAUAAAAACAAUUAUAAAAAAUAGUUGAAUGAUGUUUAUCUGUUCCAAUUGUUAAGAAAAGGAUUCAAAGGAUUUGCAAUCAAUAUUUAAAUAAAAGAGAAGAAAAAUGAAUAAUAUCAGCAGAUUGGGCGAUUUUUACAAAUGCUUUAUAUAAGCAAACCAUUUAAUAUUUUACAACAAUAUACCAAAGAAUAAAAAAUGAAAAAAGAACUUAAUUCCAAGGCUCGAGCCAUUUAUAAAGUUAAUAAAUUAAGAAGAUUAACUAAUUUUUGGUUGAAUUGGGCAAAAGAAAAGAGAUUUCAUAGGAAAUAGGAUAUUGCUAAUAUCCCAUAAAUCAAAUAGUUUUAAAUUUACUUAUACUUUAAUAAAUAUCGACUUGCUUUUUAAAGAUCCUUAUGGCUAAAGAACUUAGUCAGAAUAAUGAGAUCUAAACACUAAAAAGAAUUUGUGAAAGAACUAAAAUUAAAUAAUAUUAGAUUUAAGUAGGAGAACAAAUACCCUCUAAAACUCAAACAAAAAGUUAUAAGAGGACUAAGAAUAAAUCUUAUUAAUCACUUAAAAAAACAAUAGUUUUAUAAGUAAUUGCUCUCACUUCAUCAACAUAACAUAGUAAAACACAUCUUUGAUUAUAUGAAAGUUAGAGCAUAUAAUUUCAGAUAAAAAGUGAUUAAUAAGAGAAGUGUGUAAAGAAGUUUAUUCGGAAAAUAUGUAGCAGGACCAUUUUAUUUCUGGCUUAAUUAUGGUUAAAAACAUUCUUAUUAAAGAAAUAUUCGAAAUAACUUCGACAAACUACAUGUUAUUAAGGUUUAUUAAAAAGUAUUUAAAACAUUGAACGAUUAUAAAUGGAAAAAGAAAAUCUAAAAAGUUUAAGAUUAAAAAAAUCUUCCAAUUAUUGUUUACAAGUAAAAGUUAAGAUUUUUGAAAUUUUGGAAUGCAAAGCGAUUAUCAAAAGGCAAAAUUGAAAGUUUUUGUGUUAGUUUUACAAAUCUGCAAUAGAGAAUAUUUUUUAAACACAUGCAAUUAAUAAAAGUUAGAGACUUUUAGAAGAAAAAGUAUAUGGCAUAAGGCAGAAUAUUUUAUUUAAUGAAAUUUGCAUUCAAUCAAUUAAAUAAAUAUAAAAUGAAAAAACUCAAAUAAAGAAAUAAUACAGAAAUAAUAAAAAAACGAUAAUUAUAUCAUCUUAAAUCCAAUAGUUUUAAACAUAUGAGAAGAUUAUUCACAUUUGAGUAGAAUGUAGCAUAUCUUACAGCUAUCACUGUUUUGUAAAUAAAGAAAAAUUUAUUAUAAAAAUACUUCAAAGGUUUUAAAGAUCUUAUUGUUCAUAAGAAAAGGCCCAGAGAUUAAGUUAUGAAAAUGAAUAAAUUAAGAAAAUGCUUUGCUGGUUGGAAAGUCUUUACUAGUAAAUAAUAAGGAGCAAAACUUAUGAUAUCAGCAAUUUAGGAUAUAUAAAGGGAUUAAAAAUUGAAACUCUUUAAAAAAUUAGACUCAAAUAAUAGAAUUGAAAAUGCAAAAAUAUUUUACAAACAAAAUUUAAUUAAAAAAGUACUCUUGCACUGGUUUGAUUCAACCUAAUCAUCUUAAAAGACUAUUUAUCUAACAAAAAUUUUGAAUAAGUUAAGACUUUUACUCAAUAAUAGAAGUGUUUAAGUUAAGAACAAUUCAAUAAAUUUAAUGAAAAGAAAAAUUUUGAAAAUGUGGGCAUCUAAACUAUAAAAAUUAAAGAAAUUUUAACGCUUUCUUUUACAGAUGGAAAAUAAAGGAAAGGAUAAUAUGAUCUUCUCGAUCUAAGCAAUAAUAGACAAUAACAAAGAAAUAGAAAUUUAAGAUAAAUAAUAAAAUCAAUUUUUAUUUAAAUACUUUUAAUAAUGGAAAAAAUAAUAUCAAAAAUCUCAUUCAUUGAAAACCAUUAUCUUUUCUAUUGAAAAUGCAAUAAAGAAAACUAAAAGUUGCGUUUUAAAUAGAAUGAAGAAAAUUAACAAAGAUAUGAAGGUUUAUAAAUUAUGCUCUAAAAUGUAAAAAUAAAGAAUUUUCCAUAAAUGGGUAAAACAAUUAAAUCAAAUUGGAGGAUUCAACAAACUCCAAAAUAUUUUUGAAAAAAAGGAGAAUGAAUAAUUUUAUAAGAAAGCUAGAAAGUUAUUUGUUAUCAAUAAAUAAUAUACUUUAAAUUCUAAUUUAAGUAAGAGUAAAUUAUCGAGGCUUUUUUAGAGGUGGGAAUAUUUAUCAAAAAUGAAUUUAAAAUUAAAAUAGUUUCAAUCUAAACUUGAAAACAUUUUAACAAAUAAAAUCUAUUACUAACAUUGUUAGAGUGUAUUAUUUUAUCAUUUGCAAAGUUAUUAGAUAAAAUAACUAAAAGGGGAAUUUGCUUUGAAAACUUUUAAUAAAUUAGUACAAAAUAAACAAUAUGCUAUUUUUGGACAUCUAUAAUAAGAUUCAAUUUAUUAUAAUUAUCUUGAAUAAAAGAAUAUUAGAAAGCAAAUAAUUUGUUUAACUUUGUGGGCUAAAUUAACAAAUGAAUCUGUUGCAUAUAAAUUUAUCUGUAAAUCAUUAGGAGAAAUUUAUAAAAGAAAUAUGUAUUACAACCUCAAAAUCAUUAAAUAGUUUGGUGAUAAAAACUAAACCAUCUUUAAAUAAAUAGAUGACAAAAAAAAAUAGAAGAUCCUAUUAUUUUGGUUUUUUCAAAGUUAAAAAAGAAUUGCAGCUAAGAGUAUCUAUAAUAUAUUGGAUUAAAAUUAUGAUUCGAAAUAAAAUAAAAUGUAAUAUGUGGUUAAGUUUAUGGAGAUAUUAUCCUAGAAUCAAAUGAAAACAGAAAAGGCCAAUAAAUAUUAUGAUAUUUUUAAUUCACUUAUCAAAUAGAAAAUGAAAUAAGCUUUUAAAAAAGUCUUGAAGUCAAGUAAAUAAUAAUAUUUGAGUAAGUGUAAAAAAAGAAAAUUAUAAAAGCAAUAUCUGAAAUAAUGGAGAAUUAAUAAAGCUGUUAUCACUUUUAAUAAAAUACUAGGCAUCUCAUAUGAGAGAAACCUAUCAAAUUAUUUUAACAAAGUCAAAUCUUAAAUUAAAAAUAAAAAAGCAGAAUUACACUAUUAAAGUAGACUAAAAUAUUAACUUCUUUUAAUUUUACAAUAAGUAAAAAACAACACAAAUAAAAAACUUGAAUAUUUAUCAUCUAAACAAAACAAUAAUCUUGUGAAUGUAUACUUUUAAAUGUGGAUUAUUGAACUUUUAAAAAGAACGAAUUAAAGAAAACAAUUUAUGAAAAUUUUCAGAGGCUUUUAUUUGUAUCAUUAUAGAACUAUUGGAGCUGAAUUCAUUAAGUAACUAAAACUAGAAAAAAAAUUAUAAAUUAAAAGUGAAUAAGAAACUUAGCACUCUUUGAUGUAUUCAGUAUUUUAGGCAUGGAGAAUGGAGGUGGAUCAAAAAAAAAUGCUAAAAAAAUACCUCUAGCAAUGUUCUGUAGAAGAAAAAAGAGGGAAAAGCAUUCCAAAGUAUAUGCCAUAUUGA